CACAACAAAAAUUGUGUGGCUCCAGCCAUUUUCAGAUAGCCAUGGCAUUGCAUAAUCUUCAUGCAUCCCAUUGCAAAGCUGCCUCAGGCCAAAAUAAAGAAGAAUUGCCGAGGCUUCCUGCCGAGCAAUUCGCACCUUUAGCAUCCACAUUUAGGCGACGGUUAUUGGUUGGUGUUGGCUCAGCUUCUUUAGUAGCCGUUGGUGCAAAUUUUGGUGGCAUUACGAGUUUUUUCCUCGGAUUAUCACCGGAAAAUGGCCGGAAUCUUAAGCUUGAUGUGCUUUACCCGAUUCAAGGGUAUAGCCGUUGUAUUCAAACAAAUGAAGGAUUCGAGUUUAUUUAUCCGGCGAGUUGGGUUGGUGAUCAAACGCUAUUGUAUCGAGCAGUUGAGAAGAAGGAAUUAGAGAGAUCAAUGGAUCCACCUCCUCUCUAUAAUGAUAAUAGACGGCGCAAGAAUGUGAAUGAACCUGUUGUUGCGUUUGGUCCACCGGGUUCUAGUGGUGAGCUCAAUGUUAGUGUAAUUGUCUCGCCGGUUCCUCUUGAUUUCUCUACACAUCAAUCGUACAAACUGGAGACAUCGCACUCCCUGAUUGAAGCGUUUGGAGGACCGAAGGAAGUGGGAGAAGCUGUAGUGAAGACAAUCACCGGUCGACGACCGGAUGUAAAAGGAACUUUGAUAGAAUCGAGCUUGAGGGAGGACUCUAUUACAAAAGUCAGCUACUACGAGCUGGAAUUCAGAGUCGAAAGCCCUUUGUUUCAACGUCAUAAUGUAGCAGUUUGCUGUGCUAGCGGUGGCCAGUUAUACACCUUAAAUGCUCAAGCACCAGAAUCAGCAUGGAAAAAUGUUUCAGCAGAUUUUCAUAGAAUUGCUGAAUCAUUCAGACUCAUAGCUUGACAUAAUUCUAAUGAACACUCACCGAUUCUACCAGUGUUGUGUCUGAUUUUCUGUCUUUCGUAGGAGUUAUCCUAACGGUAUUAAGACGAAGGCACAAAUGCUGAAUAUUAUACAGUUACAAAUCCAAAUGUGUUGAGAUUACAAAAUGUUACAUAUAAACAUAUUUAUACAUUUAAAUGGUUCUAUCAAGCACCAAAUAAGGGAGCUUUUGACAA